UGUUAUAAAUGCAAACAACCAUAUAUUGAUUACCAGUGGUGCAAACAAUGUAAUACCAAACGAUUUAAACAAAAUUUUUCAAAGUGGACUAGUAAUAAUGAAAUUAUUGAUAAAUUUAUUCAAGAUGCACAAAUAAAUGCUAAAAAUAGUUAUGAAAUCUUAGAGUGGAUACCUUAUGAUAGAUUGUCAGAUAUUAAUUAUCAUGAUAAAGGAGGAUUUGGUGAAAUUCAUAGAGCUAUCUGGUCAGAUGGACCUAUUUAUAGUUGGAAUUCUGAUGAACAGCAAUGGAAUAGACAAGCAGAAUAUAAGGUCGCUCUUAAAAUACUUAAGGGUUCAUCAAGUUCAAAUAAUAAAUUUUUGGAUGAGUGGAAAUAUCAUUAUAAUUGUCAGAAAGGAUCAUUUUCAAAAUUUAUUCAAUUUUUUGGGUUUACACAAGAUCCAAAUAAUUUAAAUUAUAUAAUAGUAAUGAGCUAUGC